GGGUGUUUUGUGCCAUUGAUGCUACAAAGAUGCUUAUUCAUGUGGUUGUAGCAGAAGGUUUUUUUCCAACAAUUUGAGACUUUGUAGCGAGGCUUUUGUCGGCUAAAUGGCUAUGGUGUUUUUUAAUAGAGUUAAAAGCUCUAUGGCAUAGGGUCAUUGUUUGCAAAUACAGUCCCUACCCUUUCAAGUGGUUAUCCGUUUGUGAGCUUGACACUUUGAAGAAUUCUUGGGAGGCAAUCUCUUUGAGUUUUUCCAUCUUUUCUAAUCCUCUAGAGUCAGUUGAAAAUAGUUCAAACACUUUCUUUUGGCAGUACCAUGGACUGGGUGAACUGAUAAUCCCUUCUGUACUUGUUUCCUUGCCUGUAUCACUUGUCCUUCUCGAGGUUGUGUCCUAUGGCUUGCUCUCUUCAUGUUGGUUUCUGCUGUCGUCUUUUAGAUAGUGAAUUGUUUGACAUGUCUUCUCUUCUUUCUUUAUUGGGAGACGGCCAUCUUCAUUUGAGGAGUAGGAGUAUUAGUUUUUGUUCCCCUAAUCCCUCUCAGGGUCUCUCUGGUUCAUUUUCCUUUAUAUUGGGUAGCCCUUGCACUUCUAGGAACUUAAGGAAGGUUCAAAUUUCCAAGAAGGUCAAUGUUUUUGCUUGGCACGCCUUACAUGGGAGAGUGAAUGGAAUGGCUUGUAUUCAAACACACUCUUCCUUCUUGUUGGGGCUGCAAUGGUGCUUUCUUUGUAGCAAGUUAUCUGAAAAUCUGGAUCACAUCUUGGGGAGAUGCCAGUUUGCUCUUUUGAUACGGAACUGCUUUUUGGAGACUUUUGGUGUUUGCUUAGCUCGUAAUAGAGAUCGUCUACUUAUGUUGGGGAAGAAAAAUCAGCUCACAGUAUCAAUAACUGGAGCUACAGGCUUUAUUGGCCGAAGGCUUGUGCAAAGGCUCCAUGCAGAUAAACACAACAUUCGAGUUUUAACACGCUCUAAAUCUAAGGCCGAGUUGAUAUUUCCGGCAAGGGAGUUUCCAGGAAUCAUGAUCGCAGAGGAGCCGGGGUGGAAAAACUGCAUCCAAGGUUCAGAUGGAGUUGUUAACUUGGCUGGCAUGCCUAUAAGUACCAGGUGGUCUUCUGAGAUCAAGAAAGAGAUCAAGCAAAGCAGGAUCAGAGUCACCUCAAAGGUUGUAAGCUUAAUUAAUGAUGCACCGGAUGCAGCUCGCCCUACGGUUUUGGUUAGCGCAACAGCUGUUGGUUACUAUGGUACUAGUGAAACAGCAACAUUCGAUGAACGAAGUCCAUCCGGAAAUGACUACUUAGCACAGGUUUGUAGGGAAUGGGAAGCAACAGCCCUGGGAGUAAACAAGAACGUUAGAGUGGCUCUUAUCCGUAUAGGUGUUGUUCUUGGUAAAGAAGGUGGUGCUUUAGCGAAAAUGAUACCUCUCUUCAUGAUGUUUGCUGGAGGCCCGCUGGGAUCUGGAAAACAAUGGUUUUCGUGGAUUCAUUUGGAUGACAUUGUGAACUUAAUAUAUGAAGCUCUCAUCAAUCCAUCUUAUCAAGGGGUUAUAAAUGGAACAGCCCCAAACCCGGUUACGUUGGGUGAAUUAUGUAAAGGAUUGGGAGCUGAGAUGGGAAGACCUUCAUGGCUCCCAGUACCUGACUUUGCUCUCAAAGCCGUGCUUGGAGAAGGAGCUUCUGUGGUGUUGGAAGGGCAAAAGGUUGUUCCUACCAGAGCCAAGGAAUUGGGUUUUUCGUAUAAGUACCCUUCCGUGAAGGACGCACUCAAGUCCAUUCUUUCCUAAGCUCAAUUAUGAAGAAAAUUCGCCACAGCAAUUUUUUCUUUCUUUUGUUGGAUGAGAUUUAUUUAAUUGUGUUGUAAAUUCGAUUUUGGGAUGAAGUGAAAUGAUGCAAAGAUUAAAAAUGUAGUGGAGAAGGAGAUUGAAUAUUUGGUCAUGAAUUAUAAAUUUAUAGACACAAAGUGGGGUAUAGCAUGGCAUGGCAUAAUUUCAACUACAUUGUGAGUUCGUUC